CUUUUUCUUUUUCGUUUUCUUUUGAAAAAAAAAAACACUCUUUUUGGUUCAAUUCGGACAAUUCACGUCCGCAGCCUUCCCUGCUGUUGCCAUUGGGCCUCUCUUGUACUCGAAUAGUAGAGCUAUAUAUAUAUACAUACAUUGGGAGUGCACCUUCUUUCAAUUCGGAGCCAUGGACGAGACUUUCCCCCCUGUUAAGGCCUCCGGGAAUGAGGACGGACGCUCCAAAAACUCACCGUACUACCUCAAAACUGUGGGUGAUAAAUUGACAGGUCCUAUGAAGGAUAUCCUGGAGAAUUAUAGUGGGAUUCCAUCCGAUGAGGUUGAAAGGCAUGUUUAUGAAUUGAGAGACCGUGCUUGGGACGUACAUCCAUACCCAUGCAUCGGUGUAUUCUCUUUCCUUGAUCUUUCAACCAACCAGGUUCCGGCCUACAGCAAGAUUCUUGAAAUUCUCAAACCAAACCCGAAUGCACCAGAAGACCAAGCCCUUUUCCUCGACCUUGCUUGCUGCUUUGGACAGGAUAUCCGCAAGCUAGUCCGCGACGGCGUACCGGCCUCCGCCGUCUAUGGAACAGAUAUCAAACGCGAGUUCUUGGAAUUGGGAUUCGAGCUCUUCAAGGACGAAGACAAGUUUCCGGACCCAGAACGACAAUUCUUCGUGGCUGAUAUCCUUGAUGCCGACUCGCCUGAAAACGCCGGCAUCUGGAACGAGAUGAUGAGCAAGUUCACGAUCGUUCAGAUUGCAAACUUCUUGCAUCUCUUCGACUACGAGCGCCAACUCCAGAUCUGCUGCGUCAUUACGCGGCUCAUGGCCACAAAGCCCGGUGCCAUGGUCAUCGGAAGACAAGUAGGGAGCACAAAUCCUCGGGAGGUCUCGAGGGCCUUUUCUGCCCCGGAACUAAAACGCAAUUCCGGGACCAGAUACUGGCACUCACCGGAGACAUUCCGACAAAUGUGGGUGGAGGUCGGUGAGAAGACGGGCACUAAGUGGGAUGUGGAUGUCGAUUUCAUCAAGCUGGAUGAACACAAUCUGAAGUUGCUGGAAGAGGUAAAGCAAAUGUUCCCUUCGGCUGAUGCCGAGCGUAAGCAGCGGCAGGUGAAUUAUUUGAUUUUCACAGUCACUAGGGUCGAGUGAAUUCAUAUCUAGUACCGAUUUCUUGUCUGCAUGGCUGGCUGAUAGAGCCCAUCUUGAAUUGGAUUUCUGUGGUUAUUAUUAUAAUAAGUUUGGUCUAUGUUUUGAAUAGGUAUACAGUACAUUUCUGUUCUGGUAGGUGAUUGGUAGGUGAUAAGAUAUUGGACAGAGUUGUGCUUUCCAUGAAUAGAGCAAUUGACAGAUAAAUCAGGAAAUAUUUUAUUUCCCUGAAUGAUUUGUAUGAUAAGGAGGAUAUAACUGUCACUUGUAGGCGGACGUGUUCG